AUUGCAACUUAACUUUGUAGUUACUCGAUAUCUAACAGCAUCAUUGACUCAGUAAUACAAUCCAUUGCUGCUUGCUCCGAUACAUCCCCCUCUCUAUUUCGUUUCCUCCUGCGCUUCUCAUCAUCCUCAUCUCAAUCUAAAUCUCAUGUCGGCCCUAAUCCGGACUGUUCCUCGCCCACUGCGUGUCUCUUCUCGGGUGCUUCUCCAGCAACAGCAACAGCUCCAGUUGCAACACCGCCGCCCCUAUUCCGCCCCCUCCUCUCCCUCGUCCUCUUCCUCUUUUUCCUCUUCCUCCUCCUUUCCUUCUCCCUCUUCCACUUCUUCCCCCCAUCCUUCCCCUCAAUCCACUCAAUACAGCCGUUCUCAAUUCAAAGUCCUUCCGUUCUUGAUCAUUAUUGGUAUCGGAUCUGGCUCCUUUAUUCUACUCUCAAAGUCCCGUACCGGCGUCCAUAAACCCAAGUCAUCCGAGACCGUUUAGAUUAAGACUCGAACCCCUCCGCGCCUCCCGCCCCCCACCUUCGCCCCCGCCGCUCCCUUAACAAAAGUCUCUCCAUCUUAUUCUCUUUUGGGA